CAAGUUCCAAUGCUUUAGUUUUUUGCAUUUUAAUCAAAAGGAAAUGUCAAAUAGAUUUGAGUUCAAUAAAAAUCCAAAAAUUUCCUUCUUGAUAUCUGUAAAUAUGUAAGUUAAGUUUGAUUACGUUACGCAAUAUUUUACUAACUAUUGAAAAAAGAAUAUGAAUGAAAUUUAUUUGGUUUAGAAUUCGAUUUAUUAUCUUUCACACCUACUUGGUUUUAUGACAUUCAAUUUCAAAUGAAAUAUUUAUCAUCAAUUGUUCCAUAGGCAAUGGUUGUUGUUAGUGAUAAUUGGGCAAAAUAUGUAUCAACAUUUCCUACCCCUGUAAUGACUGAGAUGGAGAUGAUUAUACCAAACAAUGAGAUAAAAAUGACAGCGAAGGCAGUGCUCAUUUGCAGGCAAAAUUCGCACCCUUUUCAGGAUCGAACUCUUAUGUUAGAUGAACCUGUUAAAAUAGGACGUUCUGUGGCUAGAGCUAGAGCCAAGGCAAAUAACGCUAUAUUUGAUUGUAAAGUUUUGUCCAGGAACCAUGCUCUACUGUGGUAUGACAAUGGAAAAUUUUUUUUACAGGAUACCGUAAGCAGCAAUGGAACAUUUGUCAAUAACCACAAAUUAACAUCAGACACAGAUCAUCAUGAAGUUAGCUCAGGUGAUAUUGUACAGUUUGGCGUCGAUGUUGUGGAAAAUAACAGAAAAGUUACCCAUGGUUGCAUUAUAGCUACUCUCAAGUUAUAUCUGCCAGAUGGAAAGGAAGCCAAAGCUAGUCCCAGUAUAGAAGAAAAUAAUAAACACGGAAUGGUGCCUCUUGAUGAACUGUACAAACUGAAUCAAAUCAUUCAAGAUGCUAGUGACCGUGAACAAUGCCUGCAGAAAAAACUUGCCAAACUUCAGUCUAUGUUGCAGACUGCAAAAACUGCCACUAGUAGCUGUUGGGCUGCUUAUGUUGGUGAAGAAAGGUUAUUAUCCAGAAUUGCUACGUUAGAAACUCAGCUAUCACAGGCCAACAAGAAUUGGACCGAGGACAGGUGCAAACAAGAACUAAACAAAAUCCAAGAUGAUAAUGUUGCAUAUCAAGUCGCUGCCAUAGAAGCAUUGGAAAAACUACAUAAUGAAAAAUUAGAUGCAGUUGCUUAUGUUUCUGAAAUGGAAAUCAAAGAAAAUAUUUUACAACAAGAAACUAACCUUGCCAAAAUACAGGUUGAGGAUUUACAUAAAGAAAUAGAUGAGUUAUUGAGGAAGUUCAUGGAAGAGCAGAAGAAAACUGAAGAGUUGCGCAAGGAAUUUGAGCCCAAAAUCAAGGACUUACAAAAACAACUUUAUGAUAAACAGGAAGAACUGAGUACCUUAAAAUUAAAAUUCUAUAAUAAGGAUAUUACUACCAGUAAUAAUAUGUUAGAAUUUGAUAUACAUAGUUACAUAAAUCCACUAAAUGAAAUGAAGAAAAUUAAGGAAGAGAUUGAUAAUGAAAAACAGAAAGAUACGGAUAACGACAACAGCAAUGACCAACAAAAUGACUUUAACCUGACUGUGGGUUCGGGUAUGGAUGAUGAGAAUGAUGAAUACAGUAACCAUUCUGAAACUGAAAGUAAUGGCACCAUUUAUUUGGAUGAUAGUGAGACUACCCAAUUUUCAAAGAACCAAGAAAUCCAAAUCGAAUUGUCAGUUGCCGAAAAUGAAAAAUCAGAAAAAGGUGUUAAAUUUGAUGUACCUGAGGAUGAUCAUAAUAAAUGCUCGGACGAAACAGAGGAAAAUGAAAAGCAAAACGAAGAAGAACCUAUUGAAGAGAAAGAAAACGAACUUGUGGAUCAUAUUGAUUCGAAGACUCUGAAAUAUCAUUUUCAAUCUACCCAGAACGAAUUGAAAAAGAAGAUCGAAGUAUUAGAGCAACUUUGCAAAUCGCACCAGGAGAAGAAUGAAGAAGUGAGCGCCUUGUAUGAGGAAGAGAAAACACUUCUGUCUAAGUUUGAGGCAGACAAUAAAGAAUUGAAAGAUGAACUCAGCGUCUGUAGAGAGAACUUGGAAAGAAGUCGCAGAGAAAAUUAUGAUUUAAAAAAUGAGGUCAAUUUUUUGUUGGCAUCGAAGGAGAUUGGUGCUGGAGAUUCGCUCACUGAGCCAUCAGUGGAAAAAGAAAAAAUUACUCUUGUGGAACAGUCUUCAAGUGAAAAAGUUAUUAGCUAUGAAGAACUUGUGGCGGUAGAGGAAGAAUUGGUUUUAUUAAAAGAACGUUUCUCUCAAGUUAACUCGGAGAAAGUAAAACUCUUGCAAGAUAUUAAAGGACUCGAAAAAGAAUACAUUUCUGUUAAAAAUCAUUCGCAUAAUAUGACUUUCUUAUAUGUUGCUCCGUUGGUGCUCAUUGUGCUUUAUCUCCUAAUGAGCAAUAUGUUUUCCUGAUUUACGGCGAUCCUUUUUAUGUUCUUCUAUUUUUCACUUGAGUUUCUCAUUAAAAUAAUAAAUAAUACAUGAUGUAUGCUGUGCUAUAUUUUUUUAUAUUUAAGAGGUGUUCAAUGUGGAAUAUCUUUCGAUAAAACUGUUCAUUUUUAUUAUAAAUUUUUAUAUUCACUAUUUCGAAUCGAGAAUGUACCAUUCUUGAUAUAGAAUUGAAUAAUUAAAAUCAUUGCAAACAUUGCCAUAAAAUAUUGAUUCUUUUUUGUUGAAUUAUGUUCUCUCUGUACUAGCAACAACUUAUUCGACUAAUAUUUCAAUUUCAGCCUCCAGUUUGUUGGACAAAAGGGUGAUUAUAAUUUCCUGUUUUUUUAAAUACAUAUUCCAAAAAAAUAAUCAAAUAUUCAACAUUUUGAUAAUGACUGAUAAAUAUAGAUAUCAUACUGGAAAUAAGAAUAAAAUACAACUACAAUGCUAUUUGAAAUGUUAAAAUAAUCCUGAAGGCUUUCACAACCAGGUUGUUCAACAGAGUUGGAAAAUUCCAGGUACAAUGGUCUCGUGGAUUUUUCAUCUAAGGUUAAGCAUUUUCAGAGAUUACCCGAGUAGUAGAUUGUGAGUAGACAUUAGAUUUCUCCGAAGUGGUUGUUUUUAACGGUAAAGAUAUUAAUACUUUCUCCAUUAGAGUCAGGAAAUUUGCUUUAUCCCCUUCAUUUCUGAUUGGUUUAGUUCGAGUGCCAUUUAUUGCUGAGCAACCAGUUCAGAGAAAUCCAGUAUUAAACCCAAUCUCCUACAGAGGAACCUCUGAAGAUGCUUACUGUAGUAGGACCAUGAUUAGAAAGCUCCAAGUUUCUAACGAUGUUGGCAAUAAUAAUCGCUCUUUCUUUUCAUCAUUAAUUAAUGAUUAGAAUAUCAGCUUAACUCAUUUACGUUAUCAUAGCAAGUUAUGAUGUUUGUGAAAGGAAAAAAUUUCCACAGAACACCACAAAUCUUGCAAUAUUAUAUUUAGACUUUUAUUUCGUUUUUGCUCUAAUAAUUUAUAUCGAUCAAACUUAUUGUGCUCAUCAUCUCAUUGCCAUUUGAAGAGUUAGAUUAGCUUCUUCACGUAUUAGCUUCUUUUUGUAUUGAAAUGAAAAACGAGCCUUAUUGCAUCAAAGAAAAAAUCUUUGAGAAUGAAAAUCAGAAAGGAAGAUUUUUAGUUUGUCCAUGUAUUUUUGAUGUUAUUUUAGUUGUGAUAAUUUUAUAUAGCAUGUUGGAUGUUUAUGUUAUCUAAUUUAAAAUAAUUUAUCACUUUAUUUAUAAAACAUGAGAAUAAUUAACAUUGUUUUCUCUUUUAUUGCUUAUGUAUGCGAGUGUUUUCCUAAAGCUAUUUUCCAUUGUUGGCAACAAACUUCGCCUUUCAAACAUUGGCAGUUCAGCUGUUUGAAACAAAAUUUUGCACAUUUUCAUGUAAGUGAACAUUCAACAAGUUCUUCACUUGAAAGUCUCUUUGGAAGUAAAUGUCCUUUCUCAGGUUUGUCAUUUUGUACACUCGUAAAAAAGUUAAAGUAGUAAAAAAAUAGACUGAAAAUAUGAGGUUUCCUGAUUCUCAAUUUGAUUACAGCUUGAAAGUCUCCUUGUCUUCAAUUCUCACAGAAUUUGGUGUGCAUUAAAGGCUAGGAAAAAAUUUUGAAGAUGACCUUGUGAUUGAAUUGUACAAAUUAAUGAAUAUUGUUAUCUGCUCUAAAGUCUGAGGCUCAGGAUAACUAAUACUUUGAGUUUUCAGAUCAGCAGAAUGUAGUGAAAAGUUGUAUUAUUUAUGUAUUUAUCUUUUUAUUUUUCAUUUCCUGAUAGUGAUAUCCAUAGUAUAUUUUUUGUUCAUAAUGAAUGUGUAUAUACUCAAUAUCAUAAUUAUUAAAUAGAUCCAGAAAACUAA